UUACGAUGAAAUAAGUGCCGUAACUUAAAUGGCUAUUUUCAGUUAAAAAUAAAAUCAGUUCCUUAUAAGCGGAGAGGAAAAUGCGGAGUGAGUUUUGCUUCACUAAAACCACGCAGUAUCAUCACAUAGAGAAUGACACGAUUAUUGAAAUACAUAUACCAUUUCUAACAAAGCUUGUCAUUAGUAUAUAUAUAGAUCGUUUGAGCUGUUGGUUCAAGAUAUGUACAACCAUGUUUCUCCCAAUCGACUAUUAUCAUCAAAAGUGUUGAAAGUUAAUCAUUUAAACAGAUAUUAUUGGAGUAGUAGUGCUUGUAUGCGCAAAUAUACGAAAAUGGAAUUCAGAGAAUGGAUUGAAUCAAAAUCAGCAAAGACUAAUAUAGAUGAAGAAAUAACCAUUCUGUCCUUCAAUUUGCUUAAUCGACAUUAUGCUUUCAAGAAUCUAUUUGGCUAUGUUGCUCCUAGUUUUCUAGCUUGGCAUUAUAGAUUCCCAUUGCUAAAUAAAACCAUCAAUCAACUUAAAUGUGAUAUAAUGUGUUUCCAGGAAAUGGAAUGUUCAAUUUAUAAAAAACAUUGGAAGAUGAUGCUCAAAGGUUAUGAUAGUUAUUUUGUCAGAAAACCACCAGCUGAUUAUUGGGGUGAUAAACCUCCUGAUUUUAUGGAUGGGGUAAGCAUAUUUGUUAAUAGUAAAAGAUUUGAAGUUCAAGAUAAAUUAGAAUUGCAUUUUGGUGAAUUAGCUUCUCAAGGUAAAUGUCAACUUACAGAUGAUUUAUGUAAAAGACUUUUAUCUAGAAACACAGUGGCUCUUAUCUUAAAGUUACAUGAUAAGCAUACGAAUAAAACCAUCUAUGUUGCAAAUACUCACUUGUAUUGGUCACCAAAGUUUAAUGACGUUAAGGUAUUACAAACAAAGUUAUUAUUGAAUGCAUUAACUGAUUUCAUUGACGUCAAAGAUCCUCAUAUCAUCAUUGCAGGAGAUUUCAAUUCCAAUUCCAAUUCCAGUGUUUAUAGAUUGUUGGAUUCAAAUAAUAACAAAACUCAUAAAAUCAAUGUUAAAGAAUGUCCUGAAUUUUCAGCCUACAAUUAUGGUACUGACAACCAAUUCGUGAAUGAAGAUAAUGAAAUUAAUAAUCCCCUUCUAUUAACUAGUUCAUACAAUACUUUGAUCAAACCUAAUGAUCUAAAGUUUACUUGUCAUACCAAAGAAUUCUCUGAUUACAUAGAUCACAUAUUUAUUAGUCCUAACAACUUCAAAGUUUCUGGAGUCCUAGGCAAUGUCAAUGAGUCAUAUCUUGAUACCAAUCUGGUUAUUGGAUUCCCUGAUAAGCAUUUCCCAUCUGAUCAUAUUCCUCUAGUAUGUAGUCUAUACUAUACAUAAUAAUAAUAAUAAUAAUAAUAAUAAACACCUAAAUAUUUGAGAGAGGUCGUGCGAAAGUGUACAAAAUUUUGUUGACCAGGAAAAAAAAAGUUUCCAACUAAAGAUUUGAUGGUAUUAUCAAUUGUAAAGACAACCCCCUACAAAUCCAAGUUAAACGUUCAAUUUUCAAAGUCGUCAAGUUUAUUAGGUUAAAGUAGAGAAGUAU